CUCGAGGUCAUUUGCGGAUUGCCCAUUCCUCACGCUCUCUCGUCAUCCAUUCACACCAUUCCUUUCCUCCAAGAUUUCUUUCUUCGGCAUUGCCUGGUGCAACACCCAUUUUAUAAAGUCUUUUUUGAUUGCGGACCUCGUUGAUCGAGCCAGCACCACACUCCUUUCCGGUAUCUCUAAUCUGAAUCCAGCUCCAGGUCUCCCUCCACACACUGUGCCAACAUGUUUUCUCUCAAGUUCUUUAUCUUGGCCGGUGGGCUUGCUGUCCUCACCGAGGCUCACAUAAGACUAGUGUCGCCCGCCCCUUUUACCAACCCUGACCAGGGCCCCAGCCCACUCCUAGAGGCUGGCAGCGACUAUCCCUGCCACAACGGCAAUGGGGGCGGUUAUCAGGGAACGCCAACCCAGAUGGCAAAGGGUUCUAAGCAGCAGCUAGCCUUCCAGGGGUCUGCCGUUCAUGGGGGUGGCUCCUGCCAAGUGUCCAUCACCUACGACGAAAACCCGACCGCUCAGAGCUCCUUCAAGGUCAUUCACUCGAUUCAAGGUGGCUGCCCCGCCAGGGCCGAGACGAUCCCGGAUUGCAGCGCACAAAAUAUCAACGCCUGCAAUAUAAAGCCCGAUAAUGCCCAGAUGGACACCCCGGAUAAGUAUGAGUUCACGAUCCCGGAGGAUCUCCCCAGUGGCAAGGCCACCCUCGCCUGGACAUGGAUCAACACUAUCGGCAACCGCGAGUUUUAUAUGGCAUGCGCCCCGGUUGAGAUCACCGGCGACGGCGGUAGCGAGUCGGCUCUGGCUGCGCUGCCCGACAUGGUCAUUGCCAACAUCCCGUCCAUCGGAGGAACCUGCGCGACCGAGGAGGGGAAGUACUACGAAUAUCCCAACCCCGGUAAGUCGGUCGAAACCAUCCCGGGCUGGACCGAUUUGGUUCCCCUGCAAGGCGAAUGCGGUGCUGCCUCCGGUGUCUCGGGCUCCGGCGGAAACGCCAGCAGUGCUACCCCUGCCGCAGGGGCCGCCCCGACUCCUGCUGUCCGCGGCCGCCGUCCCACCUGGAACGCCUAAGACCUCACAGGCUGCGGGCAGGCUAGAUGGCUGGGGGAUCCCUUUCUUUUGCGCUGUACGGAUUACCUAGGUACUGUACUUUAGGAAGUACACAGAACCAGAAACGCCCGUCCGCGCCACUCGUUCAGCUUGGCUGGGUAGUCCAUUGAGCUCGAGGGACAGAACACACUCGUUUGGGUAGAAAACUGGUCAUUCG